AUGGACGAAUACGUCGGUCUUCCUCGGGAUCACUCAGAAUCGUAUCACACCUUCAUGUUCAGAGAGUUCUUCUCGCACGUCGAUAUCCCCCCCUCCAACGUCCAUAUUCUUGACGGAAACGCUGUUGACCUAAUCGCGGAAUGCAAAGCUUACGAGGAGAAGAUCAAGUCCUUUGGUGGUGUCGAGUUGUUCCUGGGAGGAAUUGGUGAAGACGGUCAUAUUGCUUUCAAUGUGGGCAUCUCCUCUCUGAACAACAGGCUCCAACUGAACCUCGUUGUAUAG